AUGCACUUAUGGAAGAUCGGCGCGGAUCCUCAUUUUCUCUCAUCUAAAUUUUUAAACAUUCAUGCAUCAGCCUCACUUGGCAAUACAAAGAUUUUACCGGGAGAUAUUUCCUCUUUACAAGCUGAUCGGGCCCAGCUUAUCCUUCAUGAUAUCUCAAUAGGGGACUGUCAUAUAAGUUCGCCAACAGCGGUCAUAUGGCCAAGCUGUGAUGCUAUUGAUUUUUCCUGGAUUUUGAUUCCAACAUCUCUUCAAAGAUUACAUAAUGCUGCCAUCUCUUUACUAAUAGUUUUUCUGAAUUUUCGAUUUAUUAAUCUUAGAUCAUUGUAG